UUGUGUCAAACUCGGUUCGAUCAAUUGAAAGAGCUUCUUACCAAAGUCCCAACGCUAGGUCAUCCAGAUCUUCGUUAUCCUUUUGCGGUCGCUACUGAUGCCUCUGAUGUGGGUAUUGGUGCUGCCUUGUUCCAAGUCAUUGACGGCAAAAAGCGUUACAUUGCGUUUAUGGCUCGUUCGCUCAAUAAGCAUCAACGUCGCUACAACAUCUUCAAACGUGAGUUACUCGCUGUUGUCUUUGCCUUGCAAAAGUUCCACAAAUACCUUUGGGGCUCCAAAUUCCAAUUGUUCACCGAUCACCAAGCUUUGGUAUACUUGCACUCCCAAAAGCUUGCCAACGAUAUGAUGGCUCGUUGGAUGGCUACUCUCAUUGAUUACAAUUUUGAAGUUGUACACAUCCCUGGUGCCGAUAACACCCUACCUGAUCAUAUGUCACGCCUUUAUCCAGAAGGUCCAAGGCUGGAGGGGGGUAAUUUGGAUAUCAUCGGCACAAUCCCAGGCGUCACACAACAAUCACCAAUGGGAAAACAGCUUGAUAAAAAGAAGAAACAUGCUAUCAGACGUACGCUUAGAUCUCAAUCAAAAAACCAAAAGCAUGGAGUUGCCAAUGCACCCGAUACCAAACAACCAACUCCAUUAACAGGUCUACUUACACAGGACUAUAUCCCUGACAUGUGGACACCACCACCUAAUGAACGCCAAAAGAUCCUUGAUGAGCACCAUCUCCUUGGCCAUUAUGGUGCGGAUGCAAUCGUUGCUGCUAUUCGUAGUAAUGGGAUGAAUUGGACAUCAAUGCGCCAACAGGCUCUGGAUACAGUCCGCCGAUGUUUCAAUUGCCAGAUGUUCAACGUAUCACGUUCUGGUUUCCAUCCUCUGAAAUCAAUAGAAGCAAAGCGUCCUGGUGACCAUUGGGCUAUCGAUACUGCCGGUCCUUUACCAACCACAAGCCGAGGCUACAACUUUGUACUCGUUAUGGUUGACAUCUGUACACGCUUUUGUAUAUUAAGACCAUUACCUUGGAAAGAUGCAGGACAUGUCGCUGAGCAGCUAACCGGAGUCUUCUGUGAAUUCGGGUUUCCACAGAUAUUGCAAUCAGACAACGGCACCGAGUUUGUAAAUGAAAUCGUGCAAAAUCUUGCUGAGACUUGCGGUAUUGAUCACCGCCUCAUCACACCCUAUCAUCCUCGCGCCAAUGGUGCAGCUGAGGCAUGGGUCAAGAAGACCAAAGAAACUGUCAGCAAACGUUUGGAUGGUAUACGUGGUGCAUGGGACUUUUUCUUACCAAGCACACAGCUUGCAUUGAAUAACAAAGUACCCAAACGUACCAAAGUGAGUCCUUUCGUCGCUAUGUUCGGUCGUCGUCUCAACGCGUUCAAGGACUACCGUAGUGAUGAUGGACCAUUGGCCGACUUGAAUGUUGAGGACCUCAUUGAAAGAAUCGAGCACAUGGAGAACGUUCUCUUCCCCACCAUUAGGAAAAGAGCUGAGCAGUACAGCAACCUGAUGAAAGAGAAGUUCAACAUGAAGCACAAACUCGUCGAGUUUCCCACCGGAAGCCACGUAAUGCUGCGUGACAGGCUUAACAAAGCUACCUUCAAGCGCAAAUAUGCAGGCCCAUUUCAGGUCAUUCGUGUAACCAAAGGCGGCUCUUACAUCCUUCUUGAUGAGGAUUCGGGAAAAGAAGUACCACACCGCUUUGCACCAUGGGACCUUAAACCUGCUUCAUUAGAUGAGCUUGAAGCCGACCCAACCGAACGAGAAGAACAUUUUGUGGUUGAAAGGAUCAUCGACUACAAGGGUACCAACCCCAACAAUCUUGAAUACCUCGUUCGCUGGAAAGGUUAUCCUCCUUCUGAAGACUCAUGGAUUCCACCCCAAAACUUUGAUGACCUUUAUCUCGUCGAACAGUUUUGGAAAGACCGUGAUCCACCACAAUUCCUUCACCACAGGGAGACCAAACGUCGGAGAAAACACCAUGCAUAA